UAACCGCCAUCUACGAUGGAGAGCGGCCGAUGCCCGAUCCAUGCCAAUCGGUCUUUCUUAAUUUGACGGCUUUGCCAUUUGUACGCACACGUGAACCAUCAGUUUGUUAACGCCGCAUUUUGCCACAUAUAAUUAGUUAAAAUGCCGUCCGACGCAAAAAAGAAGCAGCAACAAAAAAAGAAGGAUGCAGCUAAGGCUAGGCAGACCGGCAAAAAGGCUACUCCUCAACAGGGAAAGCCUGGAGAUGAUAGCAAAGAACAGAGCCCUGUAAGCGGAGAGCUGCAAAACGGAUCCAAUGGAACGAGCAUCAGUGCUGAAGAGGCUUUGUGCAUGAAGUUGGAAUCUGAUGCACGCCUCAAUGCUGAAGCUCGUUCGUGCACCGGAUCACUGGCUUCACAUCCUCGUAGUCGUGACAUCAAAAUAUCUAAUUUUUCCAUAACCUUCCAUGGUUGCGAGCUCCUACAGGAUACAAUGUUGGAGUUGAAUUGUGGUCGGCGUUACGGUUUACUGGGUCUAAAUGGCUCUGGUAAAUCGACCUUGCUCUCCGUUGUCGGUAAUCGAGAAGUUCCAAUUCCUGAUCAAAUCGAUAUCUUUCAUUUGACCAGAGAAAUGCCCGCUAGUAACAAGACCGCUUUACAAUGUGUUAUGGAAGUCGAUGAGGAACGUGUUAGACUUGAAAGAUUGGCAGAGGAAUUGAUUGAAUGUGACGAGGAAGAUGCACAGGAACAACUGAUGGACGUUUACGAAAGGUUAGAUGACAUGAAUGCAGAUACGGCUGAGGCUCGUGCUGCUCACAUUCUGCAUGGUCUGGGCUUCAGUUCAAAAAUGCAGCAAACUCCAACCAAGGACUUUUCUGGAGGUUGGCGCAUGAGAAUAGCUCUGGCUAGAGCGCUUUACGUGAAACCACAUCUGCUGCUGCUGGAUGAACCUACCAAUCAUCUCGACCUCGAUGCUUGCGUGUGGCUUGAAGAAGAACUAAAAACGUACAAGAGAAUUCUUGUCAUCAUUUCCCACUCUCAAGAUUUUCUCAAUGGCAUUUGCACUAACAUCAUUCACGUCAAUAAAAAACAGCUCAAGUAUUACGGUGGUAACUACGAAGCUUUUGUGAAGACCAGAAUGGAGUUGCUGGAGAAUCAAGCCAAACAGUACAACUGGGAGCAAGAUCAAAUAGCGCACAUGAAGAACUACAUUGCUAGAUUUGGUCAUGGAUCAGCAAAGUUGGCCAGGCAAGCACAGUCCAAAGAAAAAACUUUAGCUAAAAUGGUUGCCCAAGGUUUAACUGAAAAAGUGACCAGCGAUAAGGUUCUCAACUUUUACUUUCCCUCGUGUGGAGGCAUUCCACCUCCAGUAAUCAUGGUGCAGAACGUUAGUUUUCGUUAUACUGACGACGCACCAUGGAUUUACAAGAAUUUAGAGUUUGGAAUAGAUCUUGAUACAAGACUUGCUCUGGUUGGGCCUAACGGUGCUGGCAAAAGUACAUUACUUAAACUUUUGUAUGGAGAAUUGGUGCCCAGUAGCGGCAUGAUUCGUAAAAACAGCCAUCUCCGGAUUGCCAGGUACCACCAACACUUACAUGAGUUAUUGGAUCUGGACCUAUCACCUCUAGAUUACAUGAUGCAGGCUUUCCCUGACGUCAAAGAACGCGAAGAAAUGCGGAAGAUAAUCGGUCGAUACGGAUUAACUGGGCGACAGCAGGUAUGUCCCAUUCGCCAGUUGUCCGAUGGACAACGUUGCAGAGUCGUAUUUGCUUGGCUCGCCUGGCAAGUUCCGCAUCUCCUACUACUUGACGAGCCAACCAAUCAUCUUGAUAUGGAAACGAUUGAUGCUCUGGCAGAUGCAAUUAACGACUUUGAUGGGGGAAUGGUCUUAGUGUCCCAUGACUUUAGACUAAUUAAUCAGGUAGCGGAAGAAAUUUGGGUGUGUGAAAAUGGUACCGUAACAAAAUGGCAAGGUGGCAUCUUAAAUUACAAAGAACACUUGAAGACCAAGGUGUUGAAGGAUAAUCAGAAAAAUCAAAAAGAAUUUGCUAAUAGAGGCAAAUAAUUGAUGUUAUUCUGAAAACCAUUUUAUUCCUUUUAUAUUGCACCCCCAAUUAUAUAGAAAUUUUACCGAAAAAUAAACUUGCCUGCCGUCUUAAAUUGGUGCUGCUGUGUAGCACGAAGAUGGCUUGAGCUAUCUUAGCUAAUUUAUUUAAAACGAUAAAUCAGUAAUAACUAAUUACAAUUACCUAAUUGAUUAAUUAACAGAAACCGUUGCCCUUUGGGAUUAAAUCCCUAUGGUCUCAGAGAUUGUAAUUUGAAUCUAAUUAUUGAAUAUUAAUAAAAUACUUGAA